AUGCAAAACAAAGAUUAUACAUUUGCUACCCUUUCAUACUACUGCAAGUCGCCAUCUGGACAGAAGUUGGAAGUGACAUUUGACAUGAUUAAUUUCCCAUGUUUGGAUACUUGCACGAGUUUUGUUGAAGUAAAGGCUGCUCGCAACAAGAUCCCCACAGGAGCACGACUAUGUUGUAAAGCUGGACAAACUAUAUAUUCUGAAGACGACGACCUUAUUCUAAUUUUCAGAGGAGACGCAAAUAUUCAAAAAGGCUGGAGAGGAUUUACCGCUCGCUUUAGAUACUAUGGAAAUGCAGUCCCUACGAAAGAGCUUAUAGUGGCCACAAACGAACCGCAGACAACAAAAACAACAACAGCUACUACUACUACAUCUACUACUACUGUUACUUACACUUCUACUACUACUACUACUACUACUACUACU